AUGGCAAAGUUGAACCUAGGCCUAGCUCUAGCCACGACGGACUGGUCUCCUGUUUUUGAAGCUGUUUCCGUGGAACAGAAAGCCAAGGCGUUCUACAGUCAGACCAUGACCUUAGUAGACGACCAUCUUCCUAUAAAAGCGUCCCUGGAGAAUCCACGUCAAUGGUGGAGCUUUGUAAAUCGUGAACUCGGCAGAUCACAAGAGAGAGCAAAAAGCAUCACCAUCGAGGGUAAAGCUGAACACGAAGUGGCUGAAGCCCUGAACCAGCACUUCUCCACGGCGUGGUGCCCUGGACAGGACUUGUAUGUGUUUCCUCUUCAACGUCCUGACAAGUCAGUUGAGCUAUGCACGAUUGGAGAGACCAAGGCCCUUCUCAAGGGCAUAAACCCCUCAAAAGCAAGUGGUCCAGACAACCUUCCCACAUGGAUGCUGAAGCAUUACGCAGAGGACUUUGCUCCUGUCAUCACACACCUGUUCAAUACCUCGUACGAGCAGGGUAUUAUACCAAGUGUCUGGAAAGCAGCAAAUGUUGUCCCUAUUCCAAAGUUCAAGGGAGCAACUAAACCCAGUGACAUGAGACCUGUCUCUCUCCUCCCUGUCCUAGCCAAGUUGUUGGAAAGGUGUGUACUAAAAAUACUCUUGCCCUCCAUCACACCUGUUAUCACCAACCAGUACGCCUACCUUAAGGGGUCAUCUACUGUCAUCGCUGUCAUCAGGAUGGUUCACACGUGGCUGACUGCUCUUGACUCAAGGGACAACAUAGCUGUUCAGACCCUGUUCGCAGAUAUGAGUAAAGCGUUUGACAGGGUAAAUCACGCAAUACUACUACAGCGAGUUAACGACGUGUUGGCUAGCCCUCGUAUGGUAGCAUGGCUGCAUAACUACCUACAGUGCCGCUUUCAACGUGUGUCCGCCAAUAGUAACCUCAGUAGCUGGAGAGAGCUUACAUCAGGCGUACCUCAAGGUGGGGUGUUAUCGCCCUAUCUUUUUCUCCUGUUCAUGAGUUCACGAGCCACGGUCUACAGGGACACUCUAGACGUGGGGUAUGCAGACGACGUGGGUUUGUCGAGACCAGUUACUUUGGCGAAACUCAGUACAGAUAAAACUAUGAUAGAGGAAGCGUCGCAACUUGACGAUUGGGCCGAUCACAACGACAUGCUCCUAAAUGGAAAGAAAAGUCAGCAGUUGUUGAUCUGCUUCAGCAGGAACAUACCAGUUCCCCCACCGUUAUCUCUAGGCGGCGAACUUGUGCCAGUCACCAGUGUGGCAAAGGGUCUCGGUUUUAUAUUUGACAACAGACUUUCAUGGCGGGACCAUGUGAGAGCAAUGGUUUCAAAAGCAUCGAGCAGGUUACACUACCUUCGUCUGCUUACAAAGCAGGGCAUGAGUGUGCACGAUCUCAUACAGGUGUAUCUCUCCCUCAUCCGCCCCAUUCUAGAAUAUGGCCACGUUCUGUUGGUUGGUUGCAGUGAGGAGCAGGCAGCUAGCAUGGAGAGGGUUCAGAGGCGCGCCCUCCGGAUUAUUUCAUGCGGCGGUAGGCGCUCCGUCCCAGAACUGCCUUCCCUGAAGGAGAGAAGAGAAGCAGCUGCUGUUUCCCUGUUCAAGGCAAUGCUGCACCCUGAACACCCACUACAUGACCUGGUGCCUGCCCAGAGACUGUCAGCUACUGGAAGAACACUAAGAAACAGUCAGCACAUCUCAGUGCCAUUUGCCAGAACGAAAAGACUGAAGCAGUCUUUCGUGCACUGUGCCGUCAGACUGUACAACAAUUCUGCAUAG